AAACCGCAGAACUCGUGAGCUGCGGACGUGUCUCGCUCGAUCGCACCACCGCGCCACCUGUUAAAUCCUCUCCAUUCGCUCUCUCUCGCACUCUCCCUCUCAAUCUGAAACUCAAUCUCCCGAUAGACUCCUCGUAGCUGCUAGUUGCAUCGUCGUCGGACGCGCGUCUUGGGGAUUCGUGAUAUCGUGUCGCAGUUUGAUUGAAUUUGAUGUGAAUAAUAGGCUGGAGAAGAGGCUGGAAUAUUACAUAUUAUUUGUAUUUGGCAAUACGGUGUUGUGCACACGCCGCCGCCGGCUCGCUUGCGUUGCCUUCGAUUUUGUCAUCGCCGCGGCUCCGAUCAUUGUUAUUCUGCUCCUACGCAAUAAUUAUUCGAACUCGCUCGCGGAUUUCGACUCUGUAUUUGGGCAAUGCCCAAUUCUAAAUUGUUAAUUGCGUGACAAAGACAACAAAUAACAAACAAAAAAAUACAACGGCGAGCAACUGUAAUUCCUACCCUACCCACGAAAAUGCAAAUCAAAAUGAAAAGACCACAGUGCGGCGGUGAUAGCUCUGCCAGCAUUACCGCUACGCUGAUGCUGCUGCUCCUCAGCGUCCACGCAGCCAUUGGAAGGCCUGAUGUACGGCCCUCGCCAUUCGCCUUAGAGCUGCAGCCGCCACUGGCGCAGACGGCGGAGGCAUUCAAUGUGGCCGGAGUGGGCGGCCAGAGGUCCGUCGACAGUUACGGCAAUCCGAUCGCGGGUCUGCGUCCCAUCGACACGCCCGACGGGCGCAAGGUAGUCAGCGCCCAGGGACUCCAGUUCGAGAUACCUACCUAUGCGUCCGGCAUCACGGAUAUCCGACAGCCGGCGGAUGAUCUGCUCCCGCCCCACAUUGGUGAGUUGACAACAGGAACAGCAACAGCAAGAGAGGCAGCUGAGGCUGCAGCCAGAGCGACGGCCAGUCCAACGCGAGCAGCAGCGACCAGCGGUGCAGCAGGGACUGCCGCGAACGGUGUACCGCAAACACCAACAGACACAACAGACACAAAUGCCUUGGUUGCACCACUCACAAGUACUAGCACCCGCACUAGCACCCGCUCACCCACACCCACAAUUAGCACCACUCAUGUAGAAGCACUAACCCCAGAAACCACAAAUGAAAUUGCGGGGAAGCUCUUUAAGCGCGAUUCACCUGAAACCCACAGCAAAGCCAGUUCCAACUCCACUUCCACUCAAUAUGCCAUUGCCCCGCCCAGUCCCCGUCAUUCCCCGCCCACUUUUACCCUGCUCCGGCUGAAUCCCUUUGGCCCCAACUCAAUCAUUACACAGAUUAGUACAGCAUCCCCAACCAGUCGCAGUCCCAGUCCCAGUCUCAAUCUCUGUCCUUACCCCUCGUACCCGUCCUCUCCGCCUUCCUCACUGUCUUCGAAUCCAAAUCCAGGAUCCAGACCUCUGUUAGAUGUGAAAUACUCAAAUACGAAUCCUUCCCAACUAGAUGCCAUCGCAGUGGGCCUGGACACGAGCACCGAUCAGAACUCAUUCGCACGAGCCCCAGCAUCCGUAUCCGCAUCCGUAUCUGCAUCUGCAUCCGCACCAGCACCAAUACCAGCCACAUCACUAACACCACCAAAGCAUAGCCCAUCCCCCAGCACGACGACUGUCACCACAGAUGUGGAGGUGGAACAGGCCCAGCUGGUGCCGAUCCAGCAGCAGCAAGAGGAGAGCGUCCAGGAGCCGCUGGUGGCCAGUGGAACACUGCCCGAGUAUAUCCGAGAGUUGCAGCAUCAGGAUCCGGACAUUGGCGGCCCAGUGCCAUGGACUCCGGCACCGAAUACAGCGCCCCUGAGUGUCAUCGCCUGGGACCUGUUGCCGCCGCAUCUCACAGACCCUGUCACCGCCCCUGCCCCGACCUUGGAGCCACUGAUAAUCACCGAGCAACAGCCGACGCGGUACGUGCUGGGAGUGGAGGAUCCUGCCAGUCACAACAUUCGCCUGAGUCUGAGCAGCGGCGAUGCCCUGAUGCCGGCGGCCCCUGUGCCGCACCAACAGACGCAGGGCCAGGUGUCGGUGGUGCCGCUGCAGCGGGAUGGACCGGAGGCUCAUGGAACCAAUGCACAUGUGGGCAGCACGACGCCGAGCAAUGCGGGUGGUAGAUUCCCCAAUCGCCAUCGCGGAACGGCGCACUAUAGCACCACCAGAAGCACGACGUCGACGCCAAGGCCGCGGAGUACGAGCACUACUCAGCCCCCAAUGACGACAACAACAACAAAAGCAACAACUACAACAACAACCAGCACAACUAGGAGAACAACGACACCAAGAAUAUUCACAACGACCAGAAGAACGACGACAGUGCAGCCAACGCCCCGCAGCACCACCCCCUUGGAUCCGUCCACCUUCUACAGACUGGACAACAACGAGGAGUACGCGUACACGCUGCCCCCCUGGCUGCAGGAAGUCACCGAUCCGGACCUUGACGUGGCCGUCACCUUUAUCGUGCCCAAGGACAAUGACGAGUACAACCACACGCUGGCCGACGAUCUGGAGCCGCCGUACGAGCCGUUCGUGGAGCUCAACAACAUUCAGUUGACGCCGCCACCGACGGCUGAGCCUGCGCCAUUGCAUACGACGCCGAGCACCACAACUAGUACCACCAAGGCCCAUACCCAUACCCAUACAACAACGCACAGCACCCAACCACAGCACACAACAAAAACACAGAAAACGAAACUGAUCACAACCACUCACAUCACAGAUCUCCUGAAAGGGGCAACGGGAACGGCAACCACGCCCAUGACAGCGGAGGACAACAGCCCAUUUGAUUCGUCAACGGUGCCGGCCUGGCUGCGGGACUUUGACUAUCCGGACGUGGGACCAGGAGUGCCCUACAAUCCGGACAACUUCAAGGAGGCAGCUUUGACGCAGCCGGCGGGAGGUAGUAAGCCAAUUGACUUUCGGCCCCAGGGCUUUGAGCCAGCAGCAUCACGCUCCCCGACCAUCCCACCAACACCAACACCAAUCCCGACCAGAGCAGCCCCAGCUGCGGCCUCCGUCUCCUCCGCUUUUCCAUCCAUAGUCUCGCUUCCGCUUCCAGGCACCGCCCAGGGCAUCGACAGCAGUCUCAGCAGCACCAAUGAGAGCCCACAGCCGCCGCUGGUACUGGUGCCGCCAGCUGACAAGCCCAGCGAUGACUCCACCUCGUCCUUCGCCUCCAGCAGCACGAGCAGCUCCGUCCCACAAAAUCCUAGUACAAACUCUAUCACCAAUUUUGCAGCACGCUCUGAUCCCCAAGGCAUUCAGUCCGCCGUCCAGAACCAGGCGCCUAAGGCCGUCACCGAGGACCAGUUCCCGCCCUUCAAUGCCGGCAGCUCCACUGAGGGCGUCACCAAGAAGGUGGAGUACACGAAGAGCGACGAGGGAAAAGUGAUCAGCACCCCGAUCAGUGCACAGCGCAAAGACACAUCGACGCCCCCCAGCAACACGGGCAAGUACACAGGAGGAUUUGGCGCCCCAGCGGGUUUGCUGCGGCCCCAGGCCCAAGGCACUUCCGGCUCCGGCUCCGGCGCCAACACCAAUCCCGGAGCAGCCAACAGUCCGGACAGCAGUGCUGGCACCUACGUGGCCGGAAACCAGCACGAAUUCAGUAACACACUCAAGGCCAACAGGGCUCGUCCUACUGUCAACCCUGGUCGCUACACCGGCGGCUUCGGUGCACCCAACGGUGUUCUCUCUGUUCAGGCCGAGCCAAGACCCUUCCAGCAGCCACAGCAGACGCAACAGCCAGACUCCACCAGCCAUUCGAGCCGCUUUGGCGGUCCUCCAGGCGUUUUGGUCCCAUUCGACAAUGUGCAGCGUGCCGGCGGCCAGUAAGCCAGAGGGCCAGAACGCGGUCACAGAUCACCGCAAAAACACUGUAAAUUAUUUAUAAUCUAAGUACGUGUACUUAUGUUAAAUCUUAGAAUGUUGUUGAUAAUGCAACUAAUUCCAUUCCCCGUGACCCUUUUGUAGUAACAAUCUAUACGAACCUUUAGAAAGUUUUCGAGUUUCUAUGUUGUAUGUAAGCUUACACUAAUGCGAAACGCUUCUUGAACAAUAAAAUCGCCUGUCGACUAUUGAAA